CUAUAUAUAGCCCAAGCCCAGGCACACCACGUCGUCACGCUCACACGCAGAACCACACGACCGGCGACGACGCAGCUCGCACGGCACGCAAGAGUCAUCACCACACCACGAUCGAGUGUGACAGCACUUCGCUCGCGAUCAAGCCAUGGCUUUCGCAGGUCGCCGUAGCGGUGGCGGCGCAGUGCUGCUGAUGCUGCUGGCCGUGGCGGCGGCGGUAGCGGGGCCGGCGGUAGCGGACUUCGCGGCGGACAAGGCGGAGUGCGCGGACAAGCUGAUGGGGCUGGCGACGUGCCUGACGUACGUGCAGCUGACGGCGACGGCGCCCGCGCCCACGCCGGACUGCUGCUCCGGGUUCCGGCAGGUGCUGGGCACCAGCAAGCGGUGCAUGUGCAUCCUCGUCAAGGACCGCGACGAGCCGGCGCUCGGGAUCAAGGUCAACAUCACCCGCUCCAUGAACCUCCCCUCCGUCUGCAACAUCGCCGCCACCUUCUCCGACUGCCCCAAGAUCCUCAACAUGUCGCCGGACUCCAAGGAAGCGGAGAUCUUCAAGCAGUACGCCAGGGAGCACGAGGGCAAGAACACCGCCACCACGUCGCCCACCGCCGCCGCCGCUACCACCACCGGUACCGCCGGCGGGAAGAGCGUGAACGCGGCAUCCGGAGCAGGGAGGCACACAGUGGUCUUUGGCGCCGUCGCCGUCGUCCCGGCGCUGCUCGCCUCCGCCUUUGUUCUCGCAUGAUCAUGAUAGCUAGGCUUGGCUGCGGCAGCAGGGAAGAGAAAGAGACCAAGAGUCCAAGACACUGCGAAGUGCGUUGAUGAUUGUGCUGUCUGACCUGCGUAAUUUCAAGCCUUCGGCCUUCCGUCCGGCUUUCCGUUUGCUUCCUAGAGAAUGAAUCCUCAAGAAAAAAAAUUAAUUGUUGUUUAGUGAGUUUUUUUUUUUUUUUUUUGCGAGUUGCCAAUAGUGAGUUGCCUGCCCGAUCAGUUGGUGUUGCAACUUGCAACGUCCUGCCGAAAUUACAUGUCGCGGGUUGAUUACGAUCAAGAGCUUAUCCCGUUGUUUUCUUUUCUGGAGAAAGAGGGUGUGCAAUUGAUAUGGGUAAUUAUUUCUUACAGUAUAGUAGAUGAUAAAUGUAUUGCCUUGAUGGUUCUUUCAAGAA